AGUUUUUAUCCUUAUUUGUAUUUAAUGGAAUAACACAUGUUAAAAUAAUUUUCGAACAGUAUAAGAUAUAACGUCUGACAAUUUGGGUCAUACCUAUUAUAAUUUAUAAUCGAAACAGAGGAACCUUCAACCUUCUUCGCACCUUUUACGGUUACUAAUUUAAUGUAAAAUACAACUUAAACAUUAAUCACAAUGGAGGAUGGAAACUCCAUCAUAUACGGACUUGAGCAUCAGACUAGAUCGUUAUCACCACAAUAUGCUGAAAGUGAGGCAAUAAGGUUCUUGAUUGGCACACAGAGCCUCAAACCGAACUCGAACCAAGUACAUGUUGUUGAGUUAGAGGAAGAUACUGGAGCCUUGCAUACUAAGGUUUUCAAACAUGACAUAGGAGAGAUAUGGCACCUUCGUUGUUCACCACAUGAUGCUGCUAAUCUCGUCACAACUCAUAACACCUAUGACCCUAAUACCUUGCAGUGCACUAUGGGGGUAUCUAUCUUCAAGCUUCCUACAUUACAAGUAAUUCCCAAGGAUCUGGACGAAUUAAGCUCAUUACAAGGACGUAAUGCUGAAGACUUGGAAUUACUAGUAACGAUUAAACCAGAGAAGGCCGAAGAGGAGAUCCGUUGCGCUGAGUGGCAUCCUACGGACGCGGGGCGCUUGGGUGUCGUAUACGAGUCCAGCGUGAGGGUACACGACGUCAGCUCUGGAGCUGCGGUGUGCAGCAUGAAAUCUGACGGUCGGACCAGGCUCAAGCUCACUGCCGGCAAGUGGAACCCGCAUCAAGGUCACACUCAGUUUGCUGUUCUGCAAGAUAUGCACAUAAAAUGCUUCGACACGCGCACUGACUGCUCGAAACCAUCUUGGAGCAUAGACAACGCGCAUAGACAAUUAGUUCGGGAUCUAGACUUCAAUCCGAAUCGCCAGUUCCACGUGGCCAGCGCGGGUGAUGACGCAGCGCUGAACAUAUGGGACUAUAGGAACGGGAAAGAGCCUAUAUUCAACAGAACCGAUCACUCUCACUGGGUGUGGACGGUAAGAUACAACAGCUACCACGAACAGUUACUGUUGACUGGUAGCUCUGAUGGUCGGGGCUUGUUGUACGCGGCCGCCAGCAUCUGCCGAGACCCGGACGACGAUAGCGAAAAGACCGGGAAAAUUUUAGAGGACGGCGUGCUGCAGUCCUACGAGCAGCACGAAGACUCCGUGUACUGUAGCGAGUGGAGCACCGUGGAGCCCUGGACCUUCGCCUCUCUCAGUUACGAUGCGAGGCUGGUCAUCUCGCGAGUCCCUCGACCGUUCAAAUACAAACUUCUACUGUGAACUUUGAAAUGACUCAAUUAAGGCACCUUCAAGGCCUUCAAGGUAGAUGGUAUAUUAAAUUCAUAAUAUAAAUUAUUAGAAGACUGUUUGAAAAUGAGACAGUAUAACGAAAUUUUAUUAAUUAUAUUAAAAUUCUAAUAAAAUCAAUGUUAAGAAAAAGUCUUCUUUUUUUAAGUAUGGCAAUUGGCUU